UAACAUUUUUUAUUGGCAAAAUUUUAUGCUCGUAACAACAAUAUAAUAUAUGCGUUUCUUUGUUGUUGCCGGUUUUCCCUUACUUCCUCCCUCUAUCCCAAUUCAUUUAAGUCUAAAGAGUAAAGGUAAAUUUAUUUUCGAUUCGACACUCAGUAUUCAUCUUUCAACUGACAGGAUACCGUCAACAAAAUUAUCGGACGAUGUCAUCGACGACGACCGCGACUUGCGAGGUAGGUCCAUAGAUACAUAGUAGCCCGCAGUCCUGUGUUCUGUGACGACGGACUUAGUAUCAACGUUCGGUCCAGUCCCGUGUUGUGUUCCAUACUAACGCAAUUCGUGGAAAACGUAAAUGUUGUCCACCAUCAAUAUGAAUACAAAAGUACGUAGAAAAUCUUAUCUAAUAAUAGAAAAUAAUAAACCGAGGAAAAACGUAACCAACAAUCAACAUUUUAUGAUACGUUCUACUCAAAAGUUUUCUUGUUCGCAAUGCUAAUUUCACGAAGAGGCGCACACGUGCAGACAUCGCGGUAUCACGAUUCUUGGGUUGUGCAUUAUAUCGGAUCACACCAUUUUUACAGUGAUCGUCAAACGAGUCGAAUAAAAUAAGCACCGCAAUACUUUACCAGACAACACAAAAAAAUGUUUUCCACUAAAAUUUUCAUCGUGUUUACGCUUUACAGUCUGACUUUGGAUAGUAUUUCUGGAAAACCUUUCGUUGAUGGACUGACAGCGUGCAAAAGAAGCGAUCCAAAUUUGGACGAGUGUCUGUUGAACAUGCUUAAACAGACUAAACCUCAACUCAUACAAGGUAACCCGGAACUGAAUCUGCCGCCAUUGGACCCAGUGCAUAUCCCCAGGGUUUCGGUAUACAAGAAUAUGCAAGAUAUCCGGGUGACUGGAGAGCUAUCCAACCUGACGGCUAAAGGCGCCAGUUCGAUUACCUUCAAAGCGUUAAAAGUAAAUUUAAGAGAAAACACAUGGGACAUGGUCAUAGCGGUUCCUCUCAUUACGUUCGUCACGGACUUCAACUUGAACGUCACGUUAAAAGUUAUUCUUAUGCCAGUCUUUGGAAAUGGACUGUGUGACGGAAAAAUUAGUCGUAGUGUCGUUCGAUUUCACGCUAACACCGAAGUGAAAGACGGUAAAUUGAAGUUGAAUGAUAUCAAAAUCAACUUGAGCCUUGGUGACGUGGAAGUGCACAUUAUAAAAUCGCAAAACCCAACAUUGGCGCAAACAACGUCGCAGUUUUUCAACACGAACAAGCGCAUGAUUCUCGACCUGGUUACGCCGGUCGCCGAGGACGUGGUACGACAGAUGUUGCUCCGAUACAGCAACAGAAUUCUAUCCACGAUUGAGAUUACGGAUUUGUUGAUUGACUGAGCCGACAAAAUCUUCGUGGAUAUUGGCACGGCUACGUGUCAUAUACUUUGAACAAUUAUAUAUUAUAAUAUUAUAAAGUACUUUUUUCUUAGACUUAAAAAGUACUAUGAUAUAUUAUUAUAGACUAUUCGGUUGGAGCACUAUACAUUUAUAUGAAUAAGACUUCGGCAUAAAUCCUGAUACUUUGAUUUGCGCUCGGGUAUCAUCAUAUUAUAGGCUUUGGUCUCAUGCUUGUAUAGUUGUAUAUACCUGUAGGUGUCGCACUGAUGCAAAAAUCAUAAUAACAAUCAAUUAAUUACUAAUUAUUAUAGACUCCAAUAUAGAAAAAUAAGCGUAUGUUAUAGACUUAAUUUAGACCUAACAUGUAUUAUAUCUCAUCAAUACCAAUUAAAAACAUUUAUUAUUGU